AUGUUCCAAAAUCUACAUGGUCAUCUGGCAUAUGCGGCUCGGAGAUCUGGGGGUCUACAGGGGCCGUGGUUUGGUGGGGAUGCUCGGGGUGGACGGGCUCGGAAGUCAGCGCACCAAAAUUCGGGAUUGGAAUGCCGGACCGCGCGAGGGACUGCAGAAUCACCGACAUCUGACCCUCAAGCUCGCCCACCCGUGAUGACAAAACAAUCACCUGACUGUUUGCCUGCGACGAUGACCGUGGUCUAG